AUGGUCUCUUCUGCAGCGCGGACGUCGGCAAACAGACUGCUUCAUCUUGCAAAGACUGCAUCGACUUGUCCCUGUCAUACUUGUCAGAGCAGCGGCGCGCACUCACACAAUGACAUGCUCAAUGCGGGCCGAGCACUCGCUUCAGCCGGCCGUCAUCGAACUUAUGCCACACCCAUCGAUCAGAGUGCCGUCGGAGACUAUGCAUUCGAAGUAGCCGCUAGUAACAUCAGAUUUGGUGAAGGAGCCACGCGAGAGCUUGGUAUGGAUUUCGCAAAUAUGAAGGCGACCAAAGUCGGCGUCUACACAGACAGCACAGUCGCCAAAUUGCUGCCCAUGCAGAUGGCUAUCGAGUCCUUGCAAGACUCUGGCGUGGCCUAUGAAGUCUUUGACAAAUGUCGCGUCGAGCCUAACCAGGAGUCAUGGCAAGCCGCCAUCGACUUUAGCAAGCAGCAUGGAUUCUCACACUUUCUGGCCGUCGGCGGCGGAUCUGCCAUGGACACCUGCAAAGUCGCCAACCUCUACUCAUGCUAUCCAGAUGCGGACUUUCUUGACUUUGUCAACGCCCCCAUCGGACGCGGAAUUCCAAUCGACAAGGCUCUGAAACCACUCAUUGCGAUUCCGACCACAGCAGGCACAGGAUCAGAAACGACUGGCACUGCCAUCUUUGAUUAUACACCCCUACUGGCCAAGACGGGUAUCGCGAGUCGAUCCCUCAAGCCGAUGUUGGGCAUUGUCGAUCCACUGAACACAGACUCCUGCCCGCGCGCUGUCCACAUCUCGUCAGGUCUGGACGUCCUCUUCCACUCACUCGAAAGCUACACGGCCGUACCCUACACCGAGCGCACGCCUCGACCAUCCAAUCCACUCAACCGACCGGCAUACCAAGGCCGCAAUCCUAUCAGCGAUGUCUUCUCGCUCUGGGCACUCAAGCAGACUGUCGAAUAUCUGCCACGAGUGGCACACAACCCCGAUGAUAGAGAAGCAAGAUCCAAGAUGCUCCUCGCCUCUACCUUUGCAGGCAUUGGUUUCGGCAAUGCGGGCGUGCAUCUGUGUCAUAGCAUGUCGUAUCCGAUUUCGGGCUUGAACAAGAAGCUCGCCAAAUAUCAGCACGAAGGCUAUCUAGUCGAUCACCCUAUCGUCCCUCACGGCAUAUCAGUAGCAUUGACCGGUCCUGCUGUAUUUCAAUUCACUGCGCCUUCCUCGCCUGAUCGUCACAGGGAAGCCGCGGCGAUCUUCAAGCAGUUCGCACCGGACGACGUCCAAGAAGAUCGCAUCACCGAUGACGAUGUGGGCGCGGUCUUGCAUGAUCGCAUCGCCCGCUUCCUCGAUAGCCUGGGUCUUCCGCGAGGCCUGAGCAGGAUCGGAUACAAAAAUGGCGAUAUCGCUGACCUCGUCAAAGGCACACUGCCGCAGAGGCGCACGCUCGAUCUCGCGCCAGGCAUGAAAGGCUCGGACGGCACGGCGGAGCUCACAGGCAUGUUCGAACGUGCAAUGAGCUUCUGA